AUGCGACAAGCAAGUGCACCUGCAGGUUUACAUAAAUUGGAAGAUGAAACAACUGUUCGUCGUCAAAAUGCAACACAACUUGAUCGUCACGGUACACUGAUCUCUUCUGCCAGUAAUCCCGCACGAAGGUCAAAAGAUCUCAAUAGACUUUUGGGUAAUCAUAGCGGAAAGCUAUCAUCUUCAGCAAGUAGCGAUGCAGGCUCUUCUCUGUCUUCUGCUUCUGCUAUGAGCAAACGUAGCAACACAAGCAAUUCAAUCAUGCCCCAAGCUGUUUUAGAACAAGGAAAGUCUGGAAAAAGCAGAGUGGACGUAGACUUGAUCCUGGAGAGCGAAUUGGUUGUUGAAGGUGGUAUGCUGACGGGUAGAUUGGAAGUCAAAGUACGCAAGAACAACACAAAAGACGGUCAUUUGAUGUUAAGUCAACCAAAAGUUCGCGUUGUCGGAUUUGAAGAAUUGGUAAAUGAUGAUACCCGUCAUAUCUUUUACCAUUAUGCAACCGUGAUUGAUGGAUAUAAUCGACAACCUUUGGCUUGCUUUGCUUCUCAACCUGAUUCUGAAGGAUACUCUGUUGCCAAAGAAGGUCAACAUUCCAUUCCUUUUGCUUUGGAAUUGCCUGUAGGAAAAGGUGCAAAGGGUACAUACCGUGGAAAGCAUGCAGUUGUACGGUACAUCGUGAUCGGUUCCGUGAAGUUGAAGAGCGAAAACGGAUCAAACCGCUCAAUCGCACACUUUUAUCGUCAUAUCGAUCUUUACCCUUACCUCAACCCCGCAAUCGUUUUGGCAGGUUCUGGCAAACCAGUUCAAGCCAGAGGAAGCAAAGGUCUGUUCUUGGGAGGAUCCGGUAAGGUACACUUGAUUGCAUCUUUGCAUCGAAGCUCAUGGGUCGCAGGGCAACGUCUGUACGUGCACUUACGCAUCGAUAACGAGACCAGCAAGAGAGUCAAAAGUUUAACUAUGACUUUGAUACGUACAGUGAUCUUGUACAGACCAAGACCGGAGUUUGACAUGGCACUCUCUGCACCGGAUGAUCCAAGUGAGACAUACAUUGAUCCUGAUGCAUGUACAACAUCCACAAGUCGCAAGAAGAUCUGCGAAGACGUGUUGGAAAUGGGUCAAAAGGGAGCAAAAGGUACCGUCACUGCACGAGGUUGGUGGACCGGUGUAGAAGCAGGAGAGGCUGUUGAACUUUCUCACAAUAUGAAAUUACCAGUUGAUGCAUUAACGAUCACACGUGGUAGACAUGUUGAAGUCUCUUACUCUCUCAAGAUAUCCGUUGGAAGCUCUCUGUCUUCUGAUGUUUCAGUCGAGCUACCCGUUCGAAUCGUCAACUUUGUCUCGCUCGACCCACCUCCA